AUCGCCAACACCGCAAAGUGUGGACGACUCAGCUCCCCUCGCGCAGGCCAGGCCAGUGCAGUGCAGUGCUGAUCCAAGCCGCCACCACCCACCCGUUCCAGCCAGACGAGUCCUCUCGUGAGCAUGCAUAACCAGAUCAUCGGCUCGACAGCCAUGGACCAGGAGAACCACAUCGCCCAAGACCAUCCAUACAGCAAUGAGAAUUGGGUAGACAUGAACUCAUAUCACCACCAGACCACCAUGCCCGACUACAGCAAUGGGUAUGGCUACAUACCGCCCAUCACCCACGGACUGCCUUCCGAGUCUUUGAACAGGAUGCCGCCCCCUCCGCAGCCCAUGUCGCAGUCCCAGGCCUCACACACGCAGUUGCCCAUGCUGAUGAUGCCCCAUCAUGCGACGUGGCCGAGCAUGUUGACCAACCCGAACAACUACAGCCCGCACUCGGCACCGCCGGUUGCCAUCCCACCCGUCUCGGCGCCGCUCAAGACGUCGAAACUGCCCGCGAUCCAGACGUCGCAGCCAAGGAAGACGCUGACCGACGACGACCGCCGCGCCAUGUGCCAGUAUGCCGAGGACCACCCCACGGCCAAGCAGACAGACAUUGGCGCCCGCUUUGGCGUCGAGAGAAGGUAGGCCGCAAGACCACCGUUAUCUAAACCCAUCUAACACUAGCAUAGCACCGUGUCAAAGGUCUUGCGCCACAAGGAAAAGUAUCUCUCUUCGGAAGAUCGGAGUAGCUCCCCGAUCAAGCGCA